CUCACUUGGACAUCCGAAGGAGCCUUUAUAACAGGAAGAAGUGAGAACUCAGGAUGGGGGAAGUGGAGAUUUCACCUCGAGCUUACAUCAAGAUGUGCCUCCAUGCGGCUCGGUACCCCCACGUGGCGGUGAACGGACUUCUUCUGGCUCAAAAGCGCCGGCGGACCGCUGGCCCCCCCGAAUGCCUCUACAUCAUGGACUGUGUCCCCCUUUUCCACAGCAACCUGUCGCUCACUGUGAUGCUGGAGGUGGCGCUCAACCAGGUGGAUUCUUGGAGCUCGGAGUCCGACUUGCUCCUUGCUGGUUAUUACCAGGCCAACUCUGGGAUGGAUGACAAAAGCCCUAACACCUUGGCCCAAAAGACCGCAGGGCGCAUUGCUGAACUCUACGAUGACGCGGUGCUGAUCAUGCUGGAUAAUCGCAAGUUCGGUAUAAGCCCUCAGCUUCCUCCCCUAACUGUCUUGGAGCAGCGAGAUCAUCAGUGGGUUCCCAAAGACAAGAACCUGGUCAUGUGGACCGACUGGGAAUCCUCCCGCCACAUUUGCCAGUCUCUCCUGGAGGCCAAAGAGUACUCCCGAUUGGUCGACUUCGAUAGCCACCUGGAUGACAUCAGGCAAGACUGGACCAAUCAGCAGCUGAACACGGAAAUCGCCCAGUUGGUGUCCGUAGCCAAUGGGAGCGUGUGAAGGAGCCGAGCCCACUCGCGAAAGGAUCUUAACUCUGGUUCCCUCCGGCACUUUGUUAGGAGCAUCCUGGGUUCCAGACUAACCUGGAUACAAACCAGGAUCACAUGAUCGAGGCCCUGCCCCUUUUAACAGCACAGCAGCUAUCUUGACUAUCAUUCUAUGUCUUCCCGCCACAAAGAUAUACCUCUCUUUAAGAGAAAGGAUGAAUUUGCUUUGAAAUUUGGUGCUUUUUAAAAAAAAAUGUAUUCCAACUUUGC